AUGAAGAGAGUUAAUCAGAGCAGUGUAUAUGAAUUCAUCCUCUUGGGGCUCCCCAUCCGACCACAGGCACAAGGCAUGUACUAUGCCAUGUUCCUGGCCAUGUACCUGACCACAGUGCUGGGGAACCUGCUCAUCAUCCUGCUCAUCAGGCUGGACCCUCACCUCCACACCCCCAUGUACUUCUUCCUCAGCCACCUGGCCUUCACUGACAUCUCCUUCUCAUCAGUGACAGCUCCAAAGAUGCUCAUGAAUAUGCUGACAAAGAGUCACUCCAUCUCAUACACUGGGUGCGUUUCCCAGGUAUACUUUUUCUUAUUGUUUGGGGGUAUUGACAGCUUCCUUUUGACUUCAAUGGCCUAUGAUAGAUAUGUGGCCAUCUGUCAUCCCCUGCACUAUACCACUAUCAUGAACCAGAACCUCUGUUUCCUGCUAGUAAUUGUGUCCUGGAUCUUGUCCACUAUUAGUGCCCUGAUACACACGCUCCUCCUAGCCCGUCUUUCUUUCUUUAGAGACAAUACUAUCCACCAUUUCUUCUGUGACCUCUCUGCCUUACUUAAGCUGUCCAGCUCAGACACUACCAUCAAUGAGCUGGUUAUCCUUCCUGUAGGAACAGUGGUCAUUACUCUACCAUUCAUUUGUAUCCUGGUCUCUUAUGGCCACAUUGGGGCCACCAUCCUGAGAAGGCCCUCCCUCAAGGGAAUCUGCAAAGCCUUGUCCACAUGUGGCUCUCACCUCUCUGUGGUUUCUCUGUACUAUGGAGCCAUUAUUGGUCUAUACUUUGUCCCCUCAUCUAGUGACACUAAUGAGAAAGAUGUCAUUGUUGCUGCAUUGUACACUCUGGUCACACCAAUGCUGAACCCCUUUAUCUACAGUCUCAGGAGUCAGGACAUGAAAGGAGCAAUGAAAAAGAUCCUCAGUAGAAAAAGCCUUUCAGCAUAA